UGCAGGGAAUGCCGAAUGGUGACUCUUUUGCAUUGGAGGGAGACUUGAGAUCACAUAUACGUUGGAGAGAAGAACGAAGCAUUCCUUUUAAGGGUAUGGAAACCUCUCCCUAGUAAACACGAGGAGAACAAAACAUUUCUUAUAAGCGUGUGAAAAUAUCUCUUUAGUAGAUGUGAGAACGAAGUAUUUCUUAUAACGGUGUGGUAACGUCUCCCUAGUAGACACGAGGAGAACGAAACAUUCCUUAUAAGGGUGUGGAAUCCUCUCCCUAGUAGACGUGAUUUGAAACCGUGAAGCCGACGGCGGGUUGUUAUUAGGAAACCCCAUCUGCUCUCUGCUUUCAAACGCUCAAUUUACCUACAAGUUAUCGUGGAGUGCGAACGCCUACUCUAUCGGUACUUGAUUUAUGAGUUCUUCAUUGUUGAUCCUGUAGAUAUUAGGGUAUUGUUCUGUGCUUUUCUAUUUUAGGAUUUGAUUGAUUGGGAUGGAAAAUAAGGCUAGUGUGAUGGUUCAAAGCUACGAAUUAGGAAGAUUGCUAGGCCAAGGAACCUUUGCUAAGGUAUAUUAUGCGCGGAAUACAGUAAACAACCAAAGCGUGGCCAUUAAGGUGAUCGAUAAAGGAAAGAUUACGAAGACUAUGCUAAUUGAUCGGAUUAAGCGUGAAAUAUCUAUUAUGAGACUUGUUAGACAUCCUAAUAUUGUAUAUCUGUAUGAGGUUAUGGCUACCAAGACUAAGAUUUACUUUGUUUUGGAAUAUGCAAAGGGUGGUGAGCUCUUUGACAAAGUUGCUAAAGGGAGGCUGAAUGAGGAUGUUGCUUGGAAAUACUUUUAUCAAUUAAUCCAUGCUAUUGAUUUUUGUCACAGUAGGGGAGUAUAUCACCGUGACAUAAAGCCUGAGAACUUACUGCUUGAUGAAAAUGAAAAUCUUAAGGUGUCUGAUUUUGGUCUAAGUGCUCUAGUCGAGUCCGAGCGUCGAGAUGGGUUGCUACACACGAUUUGUGGCACACCGGCUUAUGUUGCCCCUGAAGUUAUCAGUAGGAAGGGCUAUGAUGGUGCAAAAGCUGAUAUCUGGUCUUGUGGAGUCGUUUUGUUUGUCUUAUUGGCAGGUUAUCUCCCGUUCCACGACUCGAAUUUAAUGGAGAUGUAUAGGAAGAUUGAGAAAGCAGACUAUAAAUGUCCUAGUUGGUUCCCUCGUGAAAUGCGGAGGCUGCUAAGUCGGAUGCUUGAUCCAAACCCCGUUACGAGGACUUCCAUAGCAAUGAUAAGACAGAGUUCUUGGUUCAAAAAAGGAUUGAGAUCAAUGAAUGUAAGAAGUGGAACAAAAGAUGAUGCUAUAGCGGCUGUUUCAGAUGGAAAUCAAGAGAUGGAUAGACCUCCAACUUUGAAUGCUUUCGACCUCGUCUCCCUUUCGACAGGGUUCGACCUAUCGAGUUUAUUUGAAGACGAUUCAAGGAAGAAAGAAACGUUGUUUACUUGUAGAAAACCGGCCUCUGUUCUUCUCUCGAAACUAGAAGAAAUUGCUAAACUUGUUCGGUUUCGAGUGCAGAAGAAAGAAGCAGGCCUACUGAGGCUUGAGGCACUAACAGAGGGGAAAAAAGGGGUAUUGUCCAUUGAUACAGAGAUCUAUGAGGUUACUUCAUCUUUUUAUUUGGUGGAAAUGAAAAAAUCAAAUGGAGACACAUUGGAAUAUCAGAAGAUAUUGAAAGAGGACAUAAGGCCAGCUCUACAGGAUAUUGUAUGGGUUUGGCGAGGUGAGCACGAGCAGCAGCAGCAACGAAAGCCUUGGCCUCGACCUCGGCCAAAUGACAGAAGCUCAGUAUAAGAUAUUUGUGUGAUGAAAUCUAAGCUUUGUUAUGAUGACAGGUUGGCCCAGAGGGGAAUUCGGCUUGGUUUGUUUGGCAAAAGGGAAGAAACACGUUUGAAUGAUUCAGACGUGAAAUCCCACCUGACCGGAAAGGGGAACGAAACCUUCUCUAUAAGGGUAUGGAAACGUCUCCUUAGUAGACGCUUUUUAAAAAUCUUGAGAGGAAGCCGGAAAGAGAAAGCUUAAAGAAGACAAUAUCUGCUAGCAGUGGGCUUGGGCUGUAACAAAAGGGGUAUAGAGUCAGACACCCUGACGAUGUGUCUGCAAGGACGUUGGCCUUGAAGGGGGGUGAAUUGUGAGAUCUCACAUCAAUUUGAGAGAGGAACCAGUACCAACAACGAGGGUUCCAAAGGGGGUGGAUUGGGGGUGGAUUAUGAGACCCCACAUCGGUUGAAGAGAAGAACGAAACAUAAGAGCGU